AAGAAGCUCAUCAAGGCUCUGCUCUUUGCGCUCAUCAGUUAUCUGAGGUCAGGAAUCAUUCAAACCUUGCCUCCCAGACCCGGCGACAAGCACAAAAAGGUCGAGCAUGGUCCGACGCGACUCGCAGCAGGAGGCGACGUCAACUUUUGCGAUUGUUCUCACUGCAGGGCUACAAUUGUUGGUGUUCCGUUCGCGCCACCCGACGGGCAAGAGUCGGAAGAGGAAGAAGAUUCGGGCACAGAAAUGGGCGGAAGGAAUGGACAUGGCGGUGCAGGUCCAGCUGGAGCUGGAGCUGGAGUUGCGGCGGGACUCGAAAACGGCGCAAGCCAUCCUCCCGCGCAAACGGCUAAUCCCGCCCUUCUACGAGCCUGCAUGUAUUGUCGCGAGGAUGCCCCACCGACGGUCGAUGUCGAUGCCAUCUACUGCACAGUGUGCGGCUCGACGUUGCUGCAACCUUGCAUGGGCUGCUUUGCCCCGCUGCCAUUGACCGAGCAGCGAUGCGAUCUUUGCGGACAUCAAAGGAGUCAAGGUGCUCGAUUCGAGGAGGAAGCGAGACAGGCUGCCGUGAGGCUCUUUGGCCUCGACCCAAGUGCUGCGGGUCAAGGUCACGCCAAUGGACCAUUCAGCUCCAACAAUGGUACGGCUAGCGCAUCGGCUAGCUCGACGCACAACGCUGCCGGUCUUGCAGCGCCACAUGCGCAUCGCUCAUCCAACCGCUCCAGCUCUGGUGCCGCCAAGUCAGCAAAGCACAAGUCUGGAGCGAAGAGUGGCGGCGCAGCUGGACAGAAAGCUUUUCAAAAGGCAAAAGAGAAACCGACGUACAAGGUUCAGACCAUCGUCUUGGGACCCUUUGGAAAUUCGGACGCUAGGAAAGCCCUCAUCAAGUUUCUCGCUUCCGCCGCUGCUUCCGGUUCCGCCUCUGCGUCGCAAUCGGUCUCGGACGUUGCGGCUGCGACUGCGAGUGCGAGUGCGAGUGCAACGGCAGCAAAGGAGAAAAAGAGCACGAAGGUGAAAAGCGCAUCGCCCAUUGACCCUUCGCCGCCUUUAGCGAGCGCGUCUUUGGAUAAGAAUAAAGGAAAGGGCAAGAACAAGGAGGUCUUUCAGUUCGGAUCUGGUACGUUUGGAUCGGGCGCUUUUCGACCUGGAUCAACGUCCGCUUCGACGUCCGCACCGGCCAAGGCGUCUACACCUGCAUCUACGUCCAGAUCUGCACCGGCACAGGCACGUGCAUCCGGCUCGACCUCGUCAGCGUCGCAACCUCUACAGGUAGACGCCGAUUCGACUCCGGAAUACAGGGCCCAAGCAGAUGCCAUGCUGCGCGCUGCCGGCAUCAGGCUGCACGGUGCAGGCACGACUUUCAUCUAUCCCAAUGGAGAUGGUCCCCGUUUUGAUAUUGCGCAACUGAGGAAGCAGGCCACCGUGCAGGAUGAAGCCGGGGAGGAGGAGGAGCAGGAGUUUGAGACGGAGAGCGAUGAGGAAGAGUAACAUGGGCUGGGGGUAUUUGAGCGGUAGGUGAGGCGAGCAGGUCUGGUUGGGAAGGUGCAGGUGCCUCUGGGAUCAGAUGGGAACAUGCAUUCUGUUUCUCCCCUUCGAUUGCGCCGUCACCUCGGCAAAGAAGAAGGCAGGCCUACGAUUGCAGAUAUUCACCAAGAGGGCUUGACUGCGUCGAAUCUCUUUGACAACAAGUCACGGACCGGGCUGGGCCCAAUUUCAAUUCGCGCAAUCCCUCUCCCCUCUCACCGUCACCUUCCUGUUCGCCGAGUGCUGAAGAGUGCGAGAUGCAAAAGUCCAGAUG